AUGGCCGAUUCUAGCUUCUUCGGGCUGCAUGUUGACGUUCCUGCGGAAGUGUUAGCCGCCAUAAUCACCGGGCUGACUAUUCUUGGCGGUCUUGCUUCAGGGGUUUUGCUUUGCUUGUUUUCACUUGACACGAAGCGCUUAAAUGCGCUUAUUCGACUUGGCCAUACCAAAGAUGCCCGCCGGGCCCGUCGGGUGAUGAUGCUUUUACACAAAUCAAAGUGGCUGUUAGUGACGCUUUUAUUUAUUGAAGCCGUAGUGGUGGAAAUGAUGCCGCUGGUGUUUGACAUGUUUUUAAACCCGGUGGCGGCGAUAUUUGUCUCAGUUGGAAUCAUCUUGGUGUUUGCGGAGAUCAUACCCCAGGCGGUGUUUAUUCGUCAUGCAUUGCAAGUCAGCGCGGCGCUGACGUACGUGGUAUUGUUCUUCAUGUGUCUCACGUCCCCCAUCACCUGGCCUGUGGGGAAGUUGCUUGAGUUUGUUCUCGGGGAGAAGGAGUCCGUCUUUUUGGGGCGCACGGAGUUGCUGGAACUCAUCCGCCUGCAGGAGGAAAUUCGAAGCGAAAAACGCGUGAGAAGGGCGUCCUCCGUGGCGUUGGAGGACGCCUCUGCCGCUGAGGUCGAGGACACAGACUUUUCGCCGGUGGAGUCAAGUAUUAUGCUGGGCGCGUUGCGAAUGUCGGAGAAUACGGCUCGCGACGCCUUGAAACAUGGAAUCGCCUCGAUGUAUAGUCUGCACUGCGACGUCCGCCUAACAAAGAAAAUGACCGAGGACAUUUUCGCCAGGGGGCUUCCGUUUAUUCUUGUCUACAAUGAUCCAAACGACCCAACAAAUGUGACACGGGUGCUUGAGACGAAGGCGCUCAUAUUGCUAAUUUACUGUCAAGGGGCCGAGUCGGUGUCGCUUGGGGAACUUCCCCUACACGCCCUGCCGCGGUUCCCGGCGUCAACACUUUGCAGCGAGUUGUUUGAGGCCUUGCAACACAUGCUGAUUCAGGUCGUCGCUAUCGCCGACGACAAGGGCCGAGUGCUUGGGGUGUUGACGAUGCAGGACGUGGUGGAGUUUGUCCACAAGACCUCGUUUCAGGCGGAAAUGGACCCCAGGGCGCAGAUGCCCUUUCAACUCAUGAUGCGUUCCUGGAAAAGGCUGUGUGAGGUGCGUGGGGACUGCGUCGCGGGCGGCAGGUACGGUCUAACUCUGCCUGGGAGACGAGGCGCGCGAACCCCGUCAAACUACUCUUCACGCUGCAGUACGCCUCUCCUCCCAACCCCUGCUUCUCGGCAGGAUGGGCUGCCGUCAAGCGUCUUUUCGGCCCAGGCAGCAGAUGGCAACCCACACGCCGACGGCAAUCAGGCGAAGUCAUGA